AUGACAUCCGACUCUAUGGGGACACAGACGCUCAUCGCGGGCAUGUUCCUCACGGGAUGCGCCAACUCGCUCCUGACCAAGUACCAGGACAAGCUUUGCGUUGAGAACUGCGAGGGCCAGGGACCCAGGCAGGACUUUGAGCAGCCCGUGUGGCAGACGCUGAACAUGUUUGUCGGCGAGUUCCUGUGUAUCAUCCCGCUCCUGUGGGGCCGAUUCACCAAGCAGCCCAAGAUCGCGCUGCCCGAGGACGAGCUUCCCAUCCCCGUCGAGGCCGCGGGAGAGCGUGUCCCGCUCCGCGGCUGGGCGUGCUUCUGGCUCUGGUUCCCUGCCUUCUUCGACAUCUGCGGCACGACCCUCAUGAACGUCGGCCUUAUCCUGACCCCUGUCUCCGUGUAUCAGAUGUCCCGCGGCGCUCUCGUACUCUGGGUUGGUGUACUCAGCGUCAUCUUCCUCAAGCGCCACCUCGCGCUGUACCAGUGGGCCUCUCUCGUCAUUGUCACCCUCGGCGUCGCCCUCGUCGGUCUCGCAGGCACGCUCGCGAAGAAGGGCGGCGUCACGCCCGAGGCUCUCCUCGACGUCAUCUCGAGCACGCGCGCGGACGACGAGCCGGCCAAGGUUGCUCUCGGCGUCAUCCUGAUUCUGUUCGCCCAGAUCUUCACCGCGUCGCAGUACGUCGUCGAGGAGAAGAUCAUGGCGCACUACAACGUCGACGCGCUCGCCGCCGUCUCGCUCGAGGGCACGUUUGGCGGCCUGACGACUGCCGCGGCGAUGCCGAUCCUGCACUACUUCUUCGCCGCCAAGAACGCCUACUUUGACGUGCCCCGCGGCUGGGCCCAGAUCGUCAACAACCCCGCCGUCAUGUGGGCGUCGUUCAUGAUUGCGCUCUCCAUUGGUGCCUUCAACUUCUUCGGCCUGUCCGUCACGAGCCGUGUCUCCGCCACGACGCGCUCCACUAUCGACACAUGCCGCACCCUCGGUAUCUGGAUUGUGUCUGUCGCUAUUGGAUGGGAGCACAUCACCGUAUACUCUAUCCUCCAGGUUGCCGGAUUCGCGAUGCUCGUCUACGGCACGUUUGUGUUCAACGGCCUCCUCCAGCCCGUGCUGUGCAAGCCCCGCAUCGAGCUCGAGGAGGAGGAGGAGGCCUAA